AUGGAAUCCAAUUCCAUUGCAGAAUCGAAAGAGUCGAAAGAAUCCCUACAAGCUUCCGUAAUCAGCAACGCUCACAGCUACACCAACAACAGCAAUGCGUCUGUUUCCUCUCCCACCAACGACUUGAGUAAUGCCGUCGAACAGCUAUCGAAGGACAUUGCCAGCACCUUCAACAAUAUAGGUGCCACCUUUAUGUCUAGCAAUCCAGCGCCUUCGUCACAAGAAGAACGCCAGCUUACUACCAAAGGACAAUCCAAGGGAUUCAUUGAUGCUUGUUGGCUUGUCCCAGACGAACCUGCGAUUGCCAUGACAACCGCCCAGGAUCCUACCAGUUUCAGCAGCAACAAUAACAAUGCUGCUGCUGCUACCGCUGUCCCAGGAAUCAAGGAGAAAUUGCAACUAGAUGACAAUAGUUCUCUAUUAGAAGAAGCUGUAUCGCCCAUGCAACGGAUUCGAAAACAAAAGCAAUUAGACACGAAUGAUUUGGACGCAAUCGAUGAUGAUAAUGACGGCUCAGCAACCAAUCCUUCUUCACCAUCGAGAAGGAGUCAAGGGGAAGUGGUAGAAUCGUGGAAGCGAAAAAUGAAACUGGCACAAAAGAAGCGAGAACAAGAAGCCAAUGAGCUCCAUGGUGGCGGCGACAAGGGCAACCAAAUUACAACAGACAAUCAUGACGAAACCGACCAUGAUGACACCACCACCAACAAAACAGAUGAAGAACAUUCAUUCAUCAAACGGGAAGAUGAUACUUUUUUCAGAGAAGAAGAUGACGAUAACAGUAAUGUCAUGGACGGAGCUUGUCAACCCAAACGAGAAAAGGAUGGAACUUUGUUGGAUCCCAUCUUUUCGGCAGCUAUGACUUUGGAAGGAAUUCCCAGUUCGCGCAAGGAAUUCAUGGACAUGGUGACGGGCAAGUGUCGGGUCAUGAUUGGGGCCGACGAGCAAUCGGCCACGUCUUCGGAAGAAACAGACGAGUGGAGCGACUCGUACAUGACGCCAGAUCAACAAGGGAGUCCACGAAGGCGACGCAAGCAGCAGCAGGAUCGUCGUGGACGAAGUGGCAGAAGUGACCGCAAGAGUCGAAGAGGACGGUCUCGAGAGGAUCAGCGACGAGGCACGAGUUCCAAAUCCCCCAAACGUCAAUCACGAGCCAAACAAAUGAAUCACAAUCAUACUCCACCAGAUGAUUUGGCUUCGGCGGUGCAGUCCGAGAUUACCAUGACACCGGAACACAACCGGGAGUACAGGCAACGACCAGCCUCACCACCAAGACGACAACAUCAACGAACCCCACCUUCCAAUGAAAAAAUGACGCAAGACUUUGACAUUAAUACUCCUACUCCGAUAACUCCCGACAAGAAACGAUCCGCUAUGAAAACACCUCCCAGCUUUCCAACGGCACCCAAAAGCCCUGCUGCUGCUACUAGUCCAAAAGACAAGAAUUUUAUCAAGUACUUUAUUCAGGAAAUCAGCAACAGGGGAUAUCGCAUGAUGUGGUACAAGGAGCCAUCCUCCAAACAUCCGACUACAGUGGUACUAUUCUUGCAACAUGGGCACAAGUCACCUGUCAAUGCAAAUCAUUCGGGUCCAGCCAUGGUGUGGGUGGACGAGAGCGAACGAGAUCAAUUCUACGGAGUGAAUUUAUUUGACAUUCGGACCUUGGAUCGAGCUUCCCAUAAUGCCUUGGGAGCCCAAUCCUAUGCCAUGCCCAGCCGGAGCAUCGUCUUGAGGUUGGCCAAAGGAAAUGAAUUCAUUUUUGAAGCACCCACCGAACAAGAAGCCUUUCGAUUUGUACAUGGAAUGAAAUGGGUCAUUGCACGAUUGGCCUUCAAUCUAGUCAUUGGAAACAUGGAUGUGGUAUGUGAGCUGGUGGACGUCGACAAGAAAAAGGGGGAAGCUACCAUUGCGCGGGCCAUGGACGAUGUGACAUUGCAAAUGGUAGACAAGUCCAUUCUGAAAAUUGUCCAAUAA